UUAUGCAAACGAGAGCCCCUUCAUAACCCCCGGCCCCGCUGCUGAGCCCCGGCGGUGCCCAACGAGGGGGGACGCUAGGACCAUGCGGGUGCUCGGGGCGGCCGCGGUGCUGGGGACCCUCCUGGUCCUGGCUGUGGCUCAGAGGAGAGCCGGUGGCCGGAGCCGGCCCUGGAGCGGGCGCCCGGCGCCGUUCCGGAGCUGGGACUCGCUGCGGUACCGGCCCUGGCAGGAGGGAGCCCCGCGGCAGCCGGGCUGCUGGAGAGGCGGCGACGUCGCCUUCGACAUCAGCAACGAUGCUCCCACCAUGGCGGGCGCUGAGGCCACCUUCUCCAUCGCCCUGCGCCUGCCCAGCACCCAGGAGCUGCGGCCCGACGGCAGCGUGGUCUGGAGCCAGAACUGCACCGUCAACGGCACCCGCGUGGCCCGCGGGGACCCGGUGUUCCCGGACCCCCCCGAUGAAGCCAACGGCGUCUUCCCCGACGGGCGCCCGUUCCCCGCAGGCGGCAAGCGCGGGAGAUUCGUCUACGUGUGGUGGACGUGGGGGCGCUACUGGCAGGUUGUGGAUGGAGCCACGUCCCAGCUGACGGUGGGCACGGCCGGAGUGCCCCUGGGCUCCUACACCAUGGAGGUCGUUGUCUACCACUACCGUGGCCGCCAGAAGUUCAUCCCCAUCGGCCGUGCCAGCUCCCAGUUCAGCAUCACUGACCAGGUCCCAUUCGCGGUGGACGUGGCGCAGGUCCCCGGUGCCGUGGAUGGCGCCGGGCGCUACGUGCGGAACCGCGCCGUGGCCUUCACCGUGCGGCUGCACGACCCCAGCCGCUUCCUGCGCGACGCCGACGUCUCCUACUCCUGGGACUUCGGGGACGGGAGCGGGACCCUCAUCUCCCGCAGCGCCACCGUCACCCACACGUACCUGGAGGCCGGCUCCUUCGCCGCCCGCAUGGUGCUGCAGGCUGCCAUCCCCCUGAGCCCCUGCGGCACCUCCGCGGCGCCCGUCGUGGGCCCCACCACCGGCGCAUCACCGACAGCCCCGCUCCCCACCACGCCGGGAGUGCCCAGCACUGGUAAGGGGGCACCAGCCCCCAUCCCAUCGCCACGGGUACCAGGGGGGUUCUCCCCAUCGUCACUCCUGCCCAUAGCACCAGCAGCAUCCGGCUCACCCACGGGGGGAUCGGCAGCCGUCACCGUGCCCUCGGACACCGCUGUUACCGUGCCUUUGGAUCCAACCAUCACUGGUGUCUUGGACCCUGUUGUCACUGAUGCCGCGGAUGCUGCUGCCACUGAUGCCUUGGACCCCGUCAUCACUGAUGCCUUGGACCCCGCUGUCACCGAUGCCUUGGAUGCUGCUGUCACUGAGCCCGUCCUCGUGGCACUCAGCACCCCAGCAGCUGCUGCCGCGGGUACCGGUCCCGCUGCCACUGUGGUCCCCGUGCUCCCCACCUCGGUGGCCCCGGCUGGGGAUGCUCUGGGCACUGCAGCUGCUGUAGACACAGAGGGAAUGGUGGCUACAGACGCAGCCACGGAUACAGCCACAGAUGCAGCCGUGGUUGGAGCCACAGCUGGAGCCACGGGUGCAGCCACGGCAGAGCCGCUGGUGCUGGUGAAGCGCCAGGCACCGGCCGCCGAAGCCACCGGCUGCAUCCUGUACCGCUACGGCACCUUCUCCACGCAGCUCGACAUCGUCCAGGGCAUCGAGAGCGUCUCCAUCGUGCAGGUGGUGCCGGUGGCGGCAGAGGGCAGCGAGAGCAGCGUGGAGCUGACGGUGACGUGCGAGGGGAGCCGCCCCGAGCAGGUCUGCACCGUGGUGGCGGACGCCGAGUGCCGGGAGGCGGCGGCGGCUCAGACGUGCUCGGCCGUGGAGCCGGGCCCCGGGUGCCAGCUCCUCCUGCGCCAGGACUUCAACGGCUCCGGGCUCUUCUGCCUCAACGUGUCCCUGGCGGCCGGCGGCAGCCUCGCCGUGGCCAGCACCCGGCUCAGCGUCGGAGGUGGAGGCACUGCCCCGGCUGCCGGCGCGACUACGCUCAUCGUUGUGGGGCUGGUGCUCAUCGGGGCUGCCCUGGGCACCGCAGCCUGCGCCUACCAGCGCGUUCAGUACCACCCACUGCCGCCCGCGGCCCCCCCGGCCCCCCGGCCCCGGGGCUGGCUCCCCCCAAGCUCUGCCCUGCGCCUGCUCCUGCGCCGGGCGCUGGGAGGGGGGGACCUGGGAGGGGCCCCCAGCAGCGAGAGCAGCCCCUUGCUCCAUGGGAACCCUGCCUAGAGCCCCCCCACCCCGACCUGGGGGGGGGUGGGGGGCACGGUGGUGGCGAUGGGGGGGGUACGGUGGCCCCAGUCUCGCUGCCAUCACCAUUAAAGGCUCAGCUCAGCCGGUGCCUCUGCCUGGUUUUGGGUCUGGGGGGGCCCCAUUGGCACAACCGGUGCCCAUCACCAUCAGCUUUAUUACUGCGAAAGGCACCGAAAUGGGGGGGUAAUAAAUGGGGGGGGGGUAAUAAGUUGGGGGGCAUAAUAAAUAGGGGGGUCCCAGCCACCGCACAUACAUGGGGGGCCUGGCAAAGCCCCCCAGCACCCUCAUAUGGCAUCCGCAGGCUCUGGGUGU